CAAAUAAAAAAUGGGUUUCUCUAAUGCUACACGUCUCACAGUUUUUAACUUAAAACAAACUCCAGCCAAAGCCACAGGCGGCAAGGCAAAACCACUCAACUUUCUGUGAAACUUCAAAGUUCUACCCUUCUCUCGAUCAGAAAAGAGAAACUCUGUACUCUGUCAAAUUUGCACAAAAUUGCAAAGCAGGAUGGAACAUGAAUCAAUUGAAGUCUCACAUGAAAAAGAUAAAGACAGAAAGAGGAAUGAAGCAACUGAAUCCACUAAUUCUGAGGUUUCUGUGGAAGAUGCUUCUAAAGCAGUUUCAAGUUCUCCAAUAAAUGACAUGCAGAUUAACGCUAUUGCUAGGAAUGGUGGGGGAAUAGAUAGCAAAACUUUGGAAAAUGUGCAAACCUCUGGAGAAAUAAACAUGGAGGUUUCUGUAACAGUUGAGGAUGUUAUUCGGGCUGGGGGCUUUGGAGCUAGGGAUGACAUAAGUAGUUUUCUUCCCAUUGCAAGUGACUGGACUGACCUUGAAUCUUCAAUUCGCGAUGCCAAAAACUAUGAAGGACCUCAGAGAGACGUAUGCAGGCCAGGUCUUGGCUGGAGAGAAGCAUCAGAAAGGGAAUAGCUCUGUUUUCAUUACCACAUACGUGAGUUGUUGAUUCAAAGUUUCUGGUCUUUCUUUCUUGUUACGCGUUUUCAUUUUCACACAAUAGAUUCUGUAUGGUUUGCAUUUGUUUACUUAGUGAAUUUUGUCAGAGUUAGCAUUCUCUGGUACCUUGAAGCAAGGAUAAUUUUGUUAGAGGUAGCAUUCUGUGGUAUCUUGAAGCAAGACAGGAUGACACUCCUUGUGCAUGAAUAUAUCAGGACAUUAUGUAUGGCUCUGUAUAACAUGCUUAAAAUGCCCUUUGUGAGGCUAUUUAUAAGUUCUUUGUACAAGGCAAUUUUGUGAUCUCUGAAUAUUUCAAU